AGGAGCCAUAACUGGCGAGUGGAGAGUGAAGAGUUCCAGGAGGCUUCUUAGAGUUACGAGCUGACCUUCCAAGUUACGGUCAAGGCCGUAACUCAGCCUUUGCACCCUUAACUCCUGGGAAGCAUCGAAAUCAAUUCCAGAAGCGUUUUUGGAGUUAUGGUCUCCCUCUUCAAGUACGGACGAGACUGUAACUCCUCAAAGGAAGCCGUAACUCUUGAUUUAUGGAGUGAAACAACGACGUCAUUCCUCUACAAGUUACGGGCAGUCAAGGCAAGUUACGGCCGUAACUUUGGUCGUAAAUCACGGAUUCUCUGGCCAUUUAAAUGUUGCUUGGGAAAUUUGCAAAGGAUCCUAUUUAUCUGAGUUCUAAAGGCUGAAAACGAACCCUAGAGAGAGAGAGUGUGUGACAAAGAGAAACCCUUGGGCAAGGAUUGGAGCGAUCUGAAGACCUCAGAGCUCGAUUCCCCAACCUCGGAGUACUGAUUAGUCGCCAGGAGCAGUUGUUCAUUGUCGUUCUAAUGAUGUCUACUCCGAGCAUGACGUUCUCUCAUCUCUACUUGGAGUAAUUUUCCAUUUCAUUCGGGUAUGAAGAACCCUAGUUUUGUAUGUUAGGAAUGAUUGUAUGAACCCCAUGUUAUGAAUGAUUGAUUUGAUAAAUUGACUCACUUUUACUGUCACCCUAGGAAUUGGCCAAGUGAAAACACUUCCUAAAGCAUAGUAUAGCGGGUUUAGGUUUAAUUAUCAACCCGGGUCCUAGAUAUGAUGACUACUCAGUGAAUUCUUGUUAUCUAGCAAUGAAACUUUAAUGCAGGUUUAAACUAACAAACUAACAAAGCAAGUAAACUGUUGUAUUCAGGUUAAGAGAGGUCACCCGGAUAUGGUUCCCCCUAGACUGCAGUUAAGCCGGAUUGUAAUUACCAAGUUCAGUUUCUAUGAAAGUUAUACUGCGGAAGGUUCUUAAACAGCCUGAAGUCUCGACUAAAGGUCUUCAGACCCUCUCAAUCUGAAUCUCUAGCGGGCGAGUAACCUCCACCGGAGUAGACAGAUUGAGGCCCUAAGAACAAAACCUCCACUACCGGAGUAAAUCCGGUACAUAAUAGUGAGUUGGUUCCUCGACUAAAGUCACCAACUCCCUACCUUCAAUCAAGGAUGCUCUAUUAACCUAGGCAGAUAUUCUCAUUCUAGGUUAAAGCAGAAACAACAGGAAUUUGAUCAGGAUUCAAGUCAUUCAAUCAUUCAAACCUCAAUCGAAUAUAAUCAAAUCAUAGAAUUAGUACUUGGGCUCAUACAAUCAAAGCCUAACAUACAAAUCUAGGGUUCUCCAUACCCAGAUGAAUGGGAGAACUACUCCAUGGAGAAGAAAGCAAAAGCAGAAUCAGACGCGGAAUUCAUACUGUGAAGGAUGGAUUCCUCCUCCUAGACGUUGAUUGGCACUCCUCCAAGCUCAAGCUGGCCUCCAAUGGUGUUGAAGAUCAAUCUAGGGCACUUGGAGACUCUCGUUCGUCGCUUUCUCUCUCUAGGAAUUUUUCUAUCUCUCUAAAACUCGAAUCCCCUUCUCUUUGGCUGAAAAUCUGCUUAAAAAAGCAUCAGAGGCCAAAGCACGGUCGAGGACACGGCCGUGCUUUGCCUGAGCCCGCCCGUGCCUCGGCCAGGGUUAAUUACACGGCCAGCAGUGGGGAGAAACACGGCCGUGCUUCGCGGUGGACACGGCCGUGCUUUGGUGGAACACGGCCGUGCUUUGGUGCCCGUGUUUGCAGCUGAAUUUUCCAAACCGAAUUUGCUCUCGGCAUAAAAAGCACGGCCACAGGAACACGGCCGUGUAAUGCCUUAGGUGUGCCCGUGUUUUGGCCCCAGCUUGACGAAAUGACCUCCGAAUGCCCCGAAACUCGCGCUUAGCCUUCCUUUUGACACCUGGGACCUGAAACAUGACAAAGUAGCACAACCCGGCGUAAAAUAGGCCAAAACACACGACUAUGCCCCUCAAACGGAUAAGAACUAGGGGCGCAAAUAUGUGCUAUUACAUCGUUAUCAAACUCCCCCACACUUAACCGUUUGCUUGUCCCCAAGCAAACCUAACUCAAACCAAUGCAACUCUCCAGACCUCUAUAGCAACAAACAACCUAGAUCGUAGGUAGAGGACUUCCUAGGUCAUUUAGCAGCUUACGAGGUCAACCGACGCACAAGUCAUCUCAAAGCUUCUUAUCGAGUCGGCAUCAUGGCAAAUAGUGAACAGAGGACAAAUGAAUUGUGGAUGAAGAGAUUCUCAAAAACAAAGGAUCAUGGACUCA